UCAUCCCCUGCCUAUCCUGCUUGCACACAGACUCACUGCAAAGGAAGCUGCGAGGUGUCCGAUUUGCACAGGUGAAGCCUGAGAUCCGGGCGGUGGACGCCAGGAAAGGAAAGGCCAUUGACAUGAAAACCCCCAACUCACAGGAGGCCGAAGGGCAGCAAACUAGGGCUGUUUCACGAAAAGCCACUGGAUCUGCAAAUAUGAUGAAGAAAAAAGCUUUGCAAAAGAAGCAGAGAGGCAGACCUUCGUCCCUGCCCUGCAGUAACAUUGUGGGCUGCAGAAUUUCACAUGGAUGGAAGGAAGGUGAUGAACCCAUCACACAGUGGAAAGGAACUGUUCUGGAUCAAGUGCCUGUAAAUCCUUGCCUUUAUCUGAUAAAAUACGAUGGAAUUGACUGUGUUUAUGGACUAGAACUUAACAGAGAUGAAAGAGUUUUGUCUCUUAAAAUUCUUUCUGACGGGGUGGCAUCAACUCAAGUCAGUGAUGCAAACCUUGCAAAUGCCAUAAUUGGUAAAUCUGUGAAACAUAUGUUUGAGGAUGAGCAUGGUUCUAAGAAUGAAUGGAGAGGAAUGGUCUUAGCCCAAGCACCGAUCAUGAAAGCCUGGUUUUAUAUUACCUAUGAGAAAGAUCCUGUCUUGUACACAUACCAACUUCUAGAUGAUUAUAAAGAAGGAGAUCUCCAUAUCAUACCAGAGUCCAAUGAGUCUCGUCUCGCAGAAAGGGAGCCAGGAGAAGUUGUAUAUGCUCUGAUAGGUAAACAUGUGGAAUAUAACAAAGAAGAUGGCUCCAAACAGACAGGAAUAGUCAUUCACCAAGUUGAAGCUCAACCCUCUGUGCAUUUCAUCAAGUUUGAUGAUGAUUUCCAUAUCUAUGUCUAUGAUUUGGUGAAAAAGUCCUAACUGUCAGGAUAAACUUUGCCACGUUUGUAAAAACAAAUGCGUACUUUGUAGACAUGCAAGAUAAUGUUACUUUUCAGUGUAUUGAAAGCUUUAGGGUCCAUGUUGAUUCAACAUCUUUGCCAUCAUAACUAUUGUCUUAUUCUAACAAAUAAAGAUGUAUGUGGUCAUGAAA